AUGUGGCGGCUGUCGAGGACCGCGCUGGGGGCAGGGCUCCGACUUGGUGGAGUUUGCAGACUCAGCAGUUCCUCCGCUGCAGACAGAGCUCUGCAGUUUGAACCCGGACAGAAGAUCCAUGGCUUCACCGUCAAAGAGGUGGCGCCGGUCCCGGAUCUCUUCCUCACGGCGGUGAAACUCACUCAUGAUCAAACUGGAGCUCAGUAUCUACACGCAGCCAGAGACGACAGCAACAACCUGUUCAGUGUCCAGCUCCGCACCACGCCCCUGGACAGCACUGGGGUCCCUCACAUCCUGGAGCACACGGUCCUCUGCGGCUCUGAGCGCUUCCCCGUCAGAGACCCCUUCUUCAAGAUGCUCAACCGCUCCCUGUCCACCUUCAUGAACGCCUUCACAGCGAGCGACUACACCAUGUACCCGUUCUCCACGCAGAACGCCACAGACUUCCGGAACCUCCUGUCCGUCUACCUGGACGCCGUCUUCUUCCCCUGUUUACGGGAGCAGGACUUCUGGCAGGAGGGCUGGAGGCUGGAGAACCAGGACCCCAAUGACCCCGAGUCUCCUCUGGUUUUUAAAGGGGUCGUCUUCAAUGAAAUGAAGGGAGCGUUUUCUGACAGUGAGCGCCUCUACGCCCAGAGUCUGCAGAACCAGCUGUUCCCCGACCACACCUACUCUGUGGUGUCAGGAGGAGAACCUCUGUGCAUCCCAGACCUGACCUGGGACCAGCUCAAGGCCUUCCACGCCACGCACUACCACCCCAGCAACGCACGGUUCUUCACGUACGGAAACCUGCCUCUGGAGCAGCACCUGCAGCAGAUCCAGCAGGAGGCGCUGUGUCGGUUUGAGCGCAUCGACCCCAGGACCGAGGUUCCUCCACAGCCAAUCUGGUCUCAACCCCGGGAGGCGCAUGUGAGCUGUGGCCCUGACCCUCUGGCCCCGGAUCCAAACCGACAGAACACUCUCUGCGUCAGCUUCCUGCUCCCAGAGAUCACGGACACCUUUGAGAGCUUCACUCUGUCGCUGCUCUCGUCUCUGAUGGUUUCUGGUCCCAACUCUCCCUUCUACAAGAGCCUCAUCCAGCCCAAGAUCGGGACGGACUUCUCCUCUGUCGUCGGAUAUGAUGGCAGCACCAGAGAGGCCUCCUUCAGCGUGGGUCUGCAGGGUGUGUCUGCUCAGGACCUGGACCGAGUCGAAGCAAUCAUCACCCAGACCCUGGACCAGAUCAUACAAGACGGGUUUGAAGAAGAGCGAAUCGAAGGGCUACUCCACAAAAUCGAGAUCCAGAUGAAACACCAGUCCACAAACUUCGGCCUGGCUCUGGCCUCGUACAUCGCGUCUUGUUGGAACCACGACGGAGACCCUGUGGAGCUGCUGCAGAUCGGCCACAGUGUGGAGCGGUUCAGGCAGGCUCUGAAGGAGAACCCUGGACUCCUGCAGGAGAAGGUCCAGAAGUAUUUCAAAGAGAACCCUCACCGCCUGACCCUGUCCAUGAGCCCACAGCAGCAGUAUCUGGAGACUCAGACCAAAGCUGAAGAGGACAAACUGCAGCUGAAGGUCCAGGCCCUGACGGAGGAGGACCGCACAGACAUCUACAACAAGGGCCUGGAGCUGCUCUCUGCUCAGUCUUCUCCUCAGGACGCCUCUUGUCUUCCUGCUCUGAAAGUAUCCGACAUCGACCCGGAGACCAGCCGGACCGCGGUUCACCUCGGCAGCGUUGGGGGCGUGCCGGUGCAGCAGUGUGAGCAGCCCACUAACGGCCUGGUUUACUUCAGAGCUGUGUGUGACAUCAACAGUCUGGCUGAAGACCUGCGCCCCCUAGUGCCGCUGUUCUGCUCCGUUAUCACCAAGAUGGGUGCUGGAUCCCUGGACUACAUGCAGCAGGCGCAGCAGAAGGAGCUGCGGACCGGAGGCAUGUCUGUGACGCCGCAGGUCAUCCAGGACUCCUCCCACCUCGACUCCUACGAACAAGGCGUCCUCUUGUCCUCGUCGUGUCUGGACAGAAACCUGCCGCACAUGUUUGAUCUGUGGAGAGACAUCUUUAACAGCGCCCGCUUCGAUGACGAGGAGCGGCUGCGUGUCCUGGUGAUGAUGUCAGCGCAGGAGUUGACCAACGGGAUCUCGUACUCUGGUCACGCCUACGCCAUGACCCGAGCCGCUCGCCACCUGACGCCGGCGGGACACGUUAGCGAGACCUUCUCCGGGAUGGACCAGGUGAAGUUCAUGAAGAAAGUUGCAGAGAAAUCGGACCUGAACCAUCUGAUCCGAACUCUGCCCCGGCUCAAGAAGCACCUGUUUAACCCACACAACAUGAGAUGUGCGCUGAACGCCACUCCACAGACCAUGAGCGACGCGUCCAAACAUCUGGAGACUUUCCUCCAGGACGUGUCAGGAAACAGGAGGGAGAGGAAGCCCGUGAGACCCACCACCAUCCAGAAGCCGAUCCACCCACAGCUGGAGUCCGGACCCACGAAGACGCUCAUCAAGGAGGAGCAGUUCCAGCCGUGCCACAUGAAGACGUUCUUCCAGAUGGCGUUCCCGGUGAACUUCGUGAGCCAGAGCAUCCGCACGGUGCCCUUCACUCACCACGACUACGCCAGCCUGUGCGUUCUCGCCAGAUUAAUGUCUGCAAAGUUCCUGCACGUGGAGAUCCGGGAGAAGGGCGGGGCCUAUGGGGGCGGGGCCAGGAUGGGCGGCGGCCUCUUCACCUUCUACUCGUACAGGGACCCUCAGACCCUGCAGACCCUGGCCUCCUUCCGCAGAGCAGUGGACUGGGCCAAAUCCGGAGUGUUCUCUGAGCAGGACGUGGACGAGGCCAAACUGUCGGUGUUCUCUGCCGUGGACUCGCCUGUGGCUCCGGCCGAUAAAGGUCUGAGUGUGUUCUUGAGCGGCCUGACUGACGACAUGAGAGCCGCACACAGACAUCGGCUCUUCAGUGUGACGCACCAGGACCUGGUGGACGUGGCCCACAGGUACCUGAGCCCGGGCCAGUGCACAGACGGAGCUGCAGUCCUGGGUCCAGAGAGCGAAGUCCUGAGUAAAGACCCGUCCUGGAUCAUCAAAUAG